AUGUCUGCAGUGCACGGGAUGCUGCUGCCUCUGACCCUCCUGGCAUUUCAAGCAUCUCUGUGCUGUGGAGCUUGUGUGGAGGUGGACUCGGACACGGAAGCUGUGGUCAACGAAGGCUUCAAACUGGGCUGCAUCUCCUGUAAGACGAGAGCCGAGGUGUCUGCCACCGCCACCGUCAACUGGUACUUUAGAGCUUCGGAUGAGAAGGAGUUCAGUCAUAUCUUCAGCUAUGAAAACCAAAAUAAAAAUUUCCCAGACCCUCGCUUCCAAGAGCGCCUUGAGUGGAGAGGCAGCAACAAAACCAACGACCUGCAGGACGGCUCCAUCUACAUCCAUAAUGUGACCUUCAACGAUACAGGAACCUACAACUGCACGUUUGACCGCAUCAUCACUUACGACAACAACUUUGAGAAUCGAAACCUCACAAUCAAGACAAUUCAACUGAAUGUGGUGCCAGAAUUCACUCGGGGGAUGGCAUCCAUCUUGUCUGAGGUGAUGAUGUACGUCUCCAUCGUCGGGCUGCAGCUCUGGCUCCUGGUGGAAAUGAUCUACUGCUUCAGAAAAAUCUCUGCAGCCGGAGAGAAAGCUCUGAGACAGAGCGAGGAGGAGUAUUUAACUGAAGCAUCGGAGAGUAAAGACGACUGUACAAGUGUGCAAGUGGCUGAAUAGCACUGGUUGAAGAUGGAUUCUUGGGGCAGCUUCCUGUCUUCCACAUCCCCCUCUUCCUCUCUUCCUCUCCACAUAGUGGAGAAAGGAAGAAACAGAGGAGACAGAUCCUCAUGGAAGGGAUAUUUUAUGUGACUCUGCAGGAUUCUGCAGGAUGGAAGCAUCAGAGGAGGAGAGCCGAGCUGUAAAUAUGCAAACAGAUCAUCGUUGAUGACAUGCUAAUCACAAGCAUGACGUAUUUUCCUUGUUUGCAUGUGAACUUUUCCAGCAGCUGACUUAAUAAUCUGUCACAUUUCUAGCAGUUUAGUUUAUUUCACAUGAGGCUUUCAUCAAGUCUUUCUAAAGUCUAAAACUUUAAUUUAUGAUAAUGUAAAAAAGAUUUGGACAGAAUUUAUU